AUGUCAACUGCAAAAAGAAGAAGAUGGCACAUUCCAGCCUCUGUAACAGCCACAACAACAUUCAAUCCCAUUAGAUCUAUUGUAGAUAGAAUGAAGAUUACACCCAACCCUGAGAAGCAGAUGAUUGCUCUAUCUAUUGGUAAGUUAUUUGAAUAUUAAGACAAGGGUGAUGGAGGUAAAAAUGUAAAGCAAGAAAUGUGUUGGAGUAAAGAAAAGAUGCCACACCCACCAAGUUUGGAUAUCACAUUUAAACAUUACAUGCAAAUAAUGUAUAUUGGUAAGUUACUUUAACACUAUUAGGGAGAGGUGAUGGAAUUAAUAAUAUGAGGUGAAAAAUGUGUUUGUCAAAAGAAAACAAAGUGCCACGCCCACCAAGUUUGGAUAUGAGAUUGACCCUUCAUAAAAUCCCAAUAGUGACCAACAUCCAAUUUUCUCCUACAAUAUCCAUACAAUGUCAAGAGAUUAGGUUAUGAGAAUUAAUAAAAUGAUCACCUAAGAGAAAAAUUAAUGCUUUGAUCUUUUAUCAAAUUCUCUCAACUUAUUCUUUAUGGAAAUGUAUAGAUACCAGUUUGGAGAAUUUGUAUGUGGAUAUUGGGGCUUAAAGGGUUAAACAUUGCAUGCAAUUACUUAGCAAUUUGGGAACAGAACAGGGACAUCAGUUGAUGAAAGGAUAGUGCACAGAAAGGAUUGAAUGCAACUUAUGGUGCCCAACUUUUGGCUCUGCCAUUGGUCAAGCCGGGUGUUUUGAUUUGCACAUGCCGUUGUCACUGCUGUAAUGUUGUCUUACCUAAAUCUGCCUAGCUAUGAUCAGAGCCAACCCUAUCAAUUUGGUAGCUAACUCACUAGACUGCUUGCAGUCAGAUUCUUACUUAAUUCUUUCUGGGAAUAAUCCUUGUUGCUGAAAAUUUCAUGGGAAAAAUUGGGAAUAUCCAAACUGACUCACUGAUAAGUUUAGUGAACAGUCUUUCAGCUCGCUGGGAUAAGUGACUCAAAAGUCGACUCAAAAGGUGACCUAGGAGAAAAGGCAUACCACAAGUAUUCUACAAACUUAUGUAGACUGAGAUUAAUCUUAUGGCUGGGAAACUAUGAACCCCAGUGGAGCAGGGAGGGUUGACUGACAGAACAGUGGAGGAAACAGGAGGGAAAAGAGAGAGUGGACUUUUAACACCUGCUGACUUGUUCAGAAAGGCUCAUUAUUUGUGCUAAAUGCCAGGAAUCUUGAACCUGCAUGUAUAUUAACACUGCUUUAAACAGAGGUAGUAGAUCAUGGCAUUAUUUGUCGUAACUCUGUUAAAGUGCAUUAAGGUGUAUUAAACAAUCUAACCACUCCCUUUCCAAACCUCAUUGCUCACCACUGGUGGCUUUCUACACAAGAAUUUAUGAGGGGUUCAAAAAGUCUAAUUUAUUAUUAGUUUAUUAUUCAUUACUAGGUUAGAAAACUUUUAUCAACUUAGGCCUUGUCUUGCCUUAAUAUUUCAGGGGAUCCAUCAGUGUUUGGAAAUCUUACACCUUGUGAUGAGAUGGUGGAAGCUGUUGUGAAGUGUGCAAAGGAGUUUAAACAUAAUGGAUACGCUCCAUCUACAGGUACCUGUCCAAACACAGUUGGGCAACUGUUGCUUUUAAAUUUGUCUGAAAUUUUUGGCCCAUUUCAUGAAUAAAAAAAUACACACAUAAUGUUCCGUGAUACAUGAUCAUGGGCAGGGUCAAAUAUUGGCUUGACAAGAAUGAUAAACCAGUAAAUGGCCACCAACAAGAAAACUGAAAUUGGCCCAAUUUCCUGCUUUGAUUUCUGCUCUUCUCAAGCCACUGAUUAAUAUCUCUGCAAAGAGAAAUUACUAAGAAAUUAUUUUUGUUGCAGGUUAUGUUGAAACUCGCAAAGCCAUUGCUGUUGAACAUUCUUAUCCUUUUUCCCCUCUCACUUACAAGGUAACAUAUUAUUAAAAACAAUAACUUAUUAUGUUGUCAUUAGAACAUUGAUUCUUUAACCCCAGUCUCCCUACCAACUUGUCUCAUCUACCCUACCUACCCUCACCUACCACACAUGCUUAGAGACUGACUCAACUUGACUCACUCACUAAAACUCUUGCAACAAUAUAAUGAACAGAACCUUACCAUCAGUAAGAUCCUGGCAACUGAACAGAAAAUUAGACUAACCAGUCACUUAUGGACAGUAUGGCUAUAGUAAGGCAUGACAAUAUGUCUGCCAUGUCCCCCCCUCCCCCUCCAUUAUUAGUGCACUCAGGACAAAGCAAUUCCCUAGAGUGACGUUUUCGCACAUAAGAAUAAAAAGAUGUUGGACUACUCGUAAACUUCUAUAGUUAUAUACUUAAAUGUUAAAAAUGGUUGUCAAAAUAGUAAAAAGAGGGACAAAUAGAAGAAUGUCAUGAAUGAAAUUGGGGGCUAAAAUUGGCACCUUUCAAAGAACUGAAAUUUAAGAUUGUUUUUUGCAAAACCUGGUACAGUCACUACUUGAUUUUAAAUUGAUACAUUUUAGAAAAUGGCAUUGAAAGGAAUAAUAAAUAUUAAAAAUAAAGUGUUGUUUUAUAUCCCAAGUCACUCAUCAUUGUGAUAGGCUAUAAAUAAUGAUGUGAAAAUAUAGCCUUCAUAUUGCUGUAAUAAUUUAGCCAUUUUAGGCACAAUUCACUUUGAAACAACUGUCUCAUGUCUGCUGUUUUAGCUCUUUAGUUUAACAAUUAGCUGAUUUGGCAUUAACACAGUUCUACAGCAUCUAAACUCCACACUGCCAAGUCAUUAAGUGUUCAUUUUGCUUUGGAACUCAAUAUCCUCCUGCUUUGAAAGUCUCAAACGACAUGAAAUCUUGACAUUAGUUUAAACUGAUUUUUUUUCUUUACCAGGAUGUAGUUUUAGCAUGUGGUUGUUCAGGAGCUUUGGAGCUUGCUCUUGAUGUUCUGCUCAAUCCAGGUGACAACGUUCUCCUGCCCAAACCAGGCUUCUCUAUCUACCAGACCCUGAGCAUAUCACGAGGACAUGAAGUUAGACACUAUAACUUAAUGGUAAGAAAAUUAAUGAUGUUGUCAGGCUCUCUUAGUCUGAGCAUCUGUAGACAAAAUUAUGGUUAUGAAGGCAGGAGACCCGCACAGUCCAAUUUACUGUAGAAAAUCAUUAAGUGUUGGUAACCACCUAAAAAAACCAGCUACUUUGAGGUCUGAACUGUUUACUUUUGGGGGAAAAUGGGUAAAGUGAGGGAGUGGAAGCCUCUUAUUGCCUACAGCACUUAACUGCCAAGCCGCCUACUUUUACAUGCCACCUUUCUACUUCAAAACUUGAUGAGAACCCUGGAUAAUUUGCAGUGGGAAAAAUUUACUCGUCACUUCUAAUAGAAUGUAAUUCUAUAAUCAUUGGAGAGUACGCUCAGACACAUCAAGUCCAGUCAUCUUUACUCAAGAAGGGUACCGGCCCUUUCAGCACUAGGGGUCCUGAAUAAUAAUUUACGAUUCCAUGGUAAAAAGAGUACCAUUAUCAUGAACAAAAAAAGAUAAAAAGUUAAUGAAAAAUUGUUAGUUUAGUCCCUUUUGGCUUCAUUUAUUCAUUUUGGCAAUAACCAUUAAAAUACAAUUUACAAUACAAUAUACGUAUAAGAUAUUAAGGAGAAUAGACACUAUUCUAUUUUACAAAUCUUCAAAAUGGUAAUGGAAAGCUCAAAGAAACCUAUAGAGAAGCCACGGGUGAUGGGAUAAUUCAUUAUCUAUUCCUUGGUUGCUGCAAAAUUACUCAUAUUAGACACCUGUUAAAGGAAAAUGGAUAUUAAUAGCCCAACAGGUUUUGUUAGAAGAACGUUUUAGUAAAUUAUAUGAUGAAGACUUACUAACAAUAAUAGCACAUGUGUUUUAGCCUGACAGGUCUUGGGAGGUUGACCUUGAUCACCUUGAAUCCCUGAUUGAUGAUCGAACCAAAGCAAUCGUUGUGAACAAUCCUUCUAACCCUUGUGGCUCAGUGUACUCUAAGGAACACUUGGAGGCCAUCCUAGAAGGUACAAAUAAAAAGCAUGUAUUAACUGCAUAAGAAUAAACAAGUGGCUUACAUGAAAUGGCUGCUGCGUUAUAGUGUUAAUAGUUAACAAAAUAAAUAGAUUUAACUGACAUUAAUAGUUACAUGAAAAUGCCUUUGGAGUUUUAGCAGCAGUGCUGAAUUGGGCCAACACAAGGAAAUUGAAAUUAUGAUGUCUAGGUAUGCAGGUGGGUCAAGUAAAACCCAUCCGUGCCCUUGAUCUUGAGUAAAUCUAGCCUGCAGCGCAACAGCAGGCAUUUUCUUAAAGAAAACUAAGAGGUACAUGGAUCACAGCCACCAUAUAUCUUGAAAGCAAUUGAAAAACUGAAACUCCCUCUCCUCAUUUUUUCCUUGCCCCAACUCUCUGUCAAGGGAGAACAUUAACAGUAAAUUGUUGUUUGCACUGCAAAAUAUGCCUGCUUUGCAGUAUGCUGGUCAGGAGUAAAUCAAUGCUGCUGUAUUGAUUGAGAUACUGUAUUAUGCACUGUGAUGGUAAAUUAUGCUGGAAGUGAAAAUUAUUCAGCUCUCUUGAUAAUAAACACAAAGUGAUUAACAUAAAGUAAUUAGGUUCCACUGUGUCAUUUGCUCUCCAGCAAGGUGUUUUUGUACCAUGUGACUCUUUAGCGGCAAAGGGCUUAUGGCCUAGCUGUCCAUUAGCUUAUGUGACUAAAAGAGUAGUUGGUUGACAGUUAUGAAUUAACCAGGCUUCAACCAAACUCAACCCAGAUGACUUCAUGCUAUUUAUACUGCUGAGUCUUGAUCCUAAUAUCAGUGUGUCUGUUGUUUCCUAGUGGCUGAGCGAUACAUGCUUCCUAUUAUUAGUGAUGAGGUUUAUGAGUAUGCUGUAAGUACUGUAGGUACUAUGUUAUUUUAUCCAUGCAGAUACAAACAGUUAAAGCUUUCAAAUUCAGACCACACAAUUAUAAUAUUACUAAGAAAACGGCCAUUUUGAAGAUCCAGUAAUUAGGUAUUUUUAUAAACCCCUCAGACUCAAAUGUAAGCUACUCAUACCCAUGUUAGCCAGUUGUAAAAAUAAUUUUGAAAUUUUGCACCAGUGUAAAACCAAAUCAUAUGUCUUUUUUUAAGGUAUUUCCUGGACACAAGUUCUAUCCUCUUGCACAGUUAUCAGAGAAUGUUCCCAUUCUAACUUGUGGAGGAAUUUCCAAAAGGUAACCAAAACUGACAUCUUCCACCAUGAAAAUCCAGACUUGGGAGAUAAAAAGGAAAAAGAAAAUGCACUUCAUUAAUUUAAUAGAUAAUUAAGUGUACUGAGGAUACUGUUUUUAUAUCUCCUACUUGAAGACGGGACCACUAUAUUGAGUGGUCAUAAUUUUGUCUAAGCCAGGCGAAGUAGUUCUAACCAUUUUCUAGUGCAAAGGCACUACAUUCUUCCCCAAUAUUAUUAUUAUCAAACCCUGAGUUUUGUGCCCCAACCUGCUGGCCCAUGGAACAGAACCGGUGACCUCCUGCAGCUGCUCUCCAGCCCUCUACACUUUACUGACUGAGCUUACAGUAUAUCCUGCCACAGUCAAAAAGUAAAGAACUUGAAAAUUUGUUUUUUACAAGUUUGAAAUAAUUGGUUGACACUUACUCUUUUAGAUACCUUGUUCCUGGCUGGAGACUUGGUUGGGUUCUCAUCUACGACAAAAAUCAAGCAUUUGAAAGUGAGGUACGGUUAAAAAACUUAAAAUUGUCGACACUCAGCAAAUAUGGCACACACCGUUCCACAGAUCUGUAACAUCCCUCUCAAUCUUUCUGUCUAUUUUUUUUGAAAGGUACUGAGAGAGAGAAUAGCGAUGUGUCUAAUUUUGAAAUCUCUAUAACUGUUUGUAAUAGGUGAAGCCGGGGUUAAUAGCCCUAUCACAGCAAAUAUUGGGUCCUAAUACUCUUGUCCAAGGUGCUCUGCCGGCGAUUUUAGCAAACACACCAUCAAGCUUCUUUGAAAACACCAUGCAAGUCAUUCAGGUUAGUACUAAAGUACACACUUUAACCCAGUGUCAGUCGGGGAGGCUCUACCCGGAGCCCAGGGGUGUACUCCGGAUUUCAAGUGACAGGUGAUGAUUGAAUGGGGAAAAAAUUAAAAACUCCAAAAAAUCCAUUAGGCUUCAACCAAAACCCCCAAAAAUCCCAUGCCUAAUUUGCAAGUCGUAAAACUUUUUAGAAAGCAUUGAAUGAUAUAACAUGAAAAAUAGAAAAAAUUAGUUUUGAAUACCCAAAUAAAUCCCUACUUAAUCAGGCUACCCAAAAAGAAUCCCAAAAUCAAAAAUUUCAAACCCAAAAAAAUCCUUCGAUCAUCCCUGUCACUUGAAAUCCAGAGUACCCCCCUGGGGCCCCGAGGUCCAAUGAGCCCCUUCACCUUUUAUGUACCAUCUUUGACAUAAAAGGUACCCCUUUUGUAUACCUUCCAUUGACAAAUAUUACCCCUUUCACAUACCUAGUCUAGAACAUUGCAUCUCUUUUAACUGCUGUAAAUACACAGGUCUUAAUUUUAACAUUAAUGAAAUACCAUAAAUCACAAAACUAGAGAAUUUUCUCGACUUUUUACCAGCCACAAGGUCCUUAAGUGUAAGCCUGCCUUAAUCAGAGGAAACCCAAGGGCUAGCAUGUGCAAUUAGUUUUUUCAAUCUUUUUACAAUGGUCAAUUGAUUCUUGCACUAAGUUGACAAGAAUAACCAAAGUUUCGUACACUGAGUAAACACCAUCAGGCAGCAUUAACUAUCACAAACUCAGAACAUGUAAAUUUUAAGAAACUUAAAAAAACGCUUAACUGAGAUCCAAAUCCUUAUGUGAGGAGCAGAAGACAUAAGACACCACAGCUUGGCCAAGGCUAAUAUCCAGUAACUUAUCGCUAUGUCACUAUUAAUUUGAUAUAAUAUAGUUUGAUAUGCAGAUACUAUUAUUUUGAUUGUCGUCUGCAGCCAGAACGAGUAAACUGCUAAACUUUAGAUUUGUUUUAAAAAUGUUUGUUACAAUUUCUUACAGAAAAAUGCUGAAAUCUGUUAUGAGGCACUCCUUAGAAUUCCCGAACUCAAGCCCAUAAUGCCUUGUGGAGCAAUGUACAUGAUGGUGAGUUACAAAUAAUUGCGAAGGAUUAGGGUGUUUCAUUUGAAUUUCAUCCCAAGUGUAACACUGUAGAAUACUUCUAAGAUGGAAGCUAGUGCUUAUACAACUUACACAAAUAUAUGCCUCCUUUGUAAUUGCGAUUUCUCAUUAUUUAAACCUACAGUUAUGAGGAAUAAAUUUUUAGCUUUCAAUAUCAAACUCCAUGUUUCAGGUUGGUAUUGAUAUCCCCAAGUUGGAUGGCAUUUUGGAUGACCUUGAUUUUACAGAAAAGCUAAUAUCAGAACAGUCCGUAUUUUGCCUUCCUGGAAAGGUAAAUGAUGUCUUUUUUACAUUUACUUAUAAAAUUUGUAAGGUAUGAUUUAAGGGCCUAAUUAGAACUCAUGUUAGGUUGCAUUAAUAAGCACUGCAUUGUGUAAAAUAGACAUCGUGUCUUGUAUCAUAGAUCAGUUAGGCAAAUUACUUAAAAAAAUAAACAGUCCAUGUCAACGACAAUCCAAAUUAAAUUAAUGUCAAUAUAUAGAAAAAAAAAUCCCUUUUCGUCAGUGGAAUAAAAAAGGCUUAGGGCUAGUCAAGUUAGUGCAAUCACAUUUGGUGCUUACUCAAUUGAGCUACCUAUGACAGUCUAAAACAGCCCUAGGAUGUCAAUCUUCCAAGAAAGCAGCACAAGCUAACAGUUUAUCACAAUAUCACUUGUCACAGAACAAAGACUUAAAACAAUACAAAUUUAAAAAAAUGAUGUUCAUCCAAAAUACACGAGUAUCUGAAUGUAGCAAGAAACAAACAUUCGAAACUCCAUGUGCGACCACUUCUCGUAGGCAGCGACACCUAUCCAAAACUCCAAAAUUUUCCCAGUCAAAGCCUUGAAUUAGUAAUGAAACCUAACUCGCAAGUAUGAACUACGUAGCUAUAUAUAAGCUAUGCUACUUAAAGAGUAUGCAAAGAACUUUUGUAAGUGACAACAUGAAACAAAACAAAAGUCAUAUUGUGUAUUAGCUUAUAUUCUUUGCCAAAAAGAUGUCGGAACCAGUGGCAGAAAUAAAGGGUUGGGGGGGAGGCCCCCUCAGGCCCCUCCCCUGGAUCUGUCACUGGGAACCUCUUCUCUAAAGACUCCUGUAGUUUGAUCCUCUUAAAGGAUCACUUCCUGGUGAGCGAACUGUAAAUGUUCGCUUUAAGGGAGGUUCCACUGUAAUUCCUUUUCUGUGUUUGAUAUUAACAAUAUAUUUAAUCAAAAAUAAGUUAUACUCACUCAGCCCAAAGUUUCACUUUUGUGUGAUAAGUUGAUCCACUAAUACAAGCUCUGAUUCUGUGUCUGUUUAGUGCUUUCAGUAUCCCAACUUCUUCCGCAUUGUCCUCACAGUACCUGAAGCUAUGACAGAGAUGGCUUGCAAGAGAAUAAAUGAGUUCUGCAAAAACCACAGGAAGAGUGAUUCUUGA